AUGGCCAACAACAUUGAUAUGGGCGGCCCUAGUACCUCAAACCCAACACACCCAGACAACCCACUCCUCGAAUACCCUUGCUCUGAGCCCGCAUCUCAACCACAGUUUGGCUCCGAUUCUUACCUUCAGUCUCGGCCGCUGUCUCCGUCGCGUACAAACUCUGGUCUGGGACCGCACUCUGCGUUUCCCUUGGAACUUAUUUCUUGGCCUCGACCUACAUCUCGGCCUAUGUCUUGGUUGCGCUCUCGGUCUUCAACUCGCUCUUGCUUGGGUCUUCUUGGUCCUUGCUUAUCAGAGUUGCCAAGAGCUAGGUCCAAAAUUGUUUCCUUCAACCGCGAGUCCAUUACUGCCGACUCCAGUUCUAACAACUCAGACUCUGAUUACCCCGACUACUCACCUGAGUACUUUGUACUUAAGCCGACCAACCCUGAAAAUGACGCCGAACUCUUUGGCAAGGGUCUUGCCGGUUUCCGGAUUGCGACGCCCCCUGCCUUUUAUCUAGGAGAAGAUAAGGAGGAUGAAGAGAAUGAGGAGGAGGAAGAGGAUCCUGAAGGACCGCAAGACCCAAACGGAGACCCGGACGCUGAGAACAAGGAUGGGCCCCCUAUUCAAGUGGAUCCUGAAGGCGAGCCAGGACCACCUGAGGAGCCUGGGACGAUGGCGACGCACAAGGGAUGCCCGCGCUUAACGAGCAUCCUAUCCUACGCAAUAUUUAUUUGCGCAAUUCUCGAGUCUCAUAAGUCCUUGCUGCUGGCCCUUGCGGACCUUCAAGGGGGUGCUUUCCCCGCCGACUUUGCUGUUCAACCGAUUGAAGAGAACGUCCCGCCUCCGAUUGACCCAGAAGAGUGGUUUCACGAAAUGGGUCCGGACGAUAAAUUUGGCAACAUUUCUCAAGCCUCGGGGUGGCGUAAUCAAGAAGUCGGCUUACGGCAACGGUGGGAUGGGGUGCUCCAAGAGUACAUCGACGAACCUACUGGCAAGGCGCCACUCUCCUUAGUUUGUCUACCCUAUGGAAUAAGCCUUGGGCUCAACUCAGAUGGAUACCAGGCACAUGGCAAGUUUGCAGCCGGCGGUAAUUACUCUGUUACUGGAGUAUAUAUCAUUGUCAAUAACUUACCAUUUUAUCUUCAACAUAUGAUCAAGAAUAUUAUUCUGGUCAUAGUAAUGCCGGGUCCAAAGGAACCAAAGGGGUACGCGUUGAGCCAGAUGCUUGAGCCGCUUGUCAACGAUCUGAUUGAAUUGAUGAAUGGGAUGGAUUUACCGGUCUACAACUUGGUGACUGGCCAGACAGAACAACGCCGGCUCGUAUCAAGUGUAUCGGGCAUGUUGGAGCUACCGCCGAGCACAAUCACUGCCCGUACUGCAAAAUGUGACAGUGUCUCCUUGGUGAAGCACGAGGAUACCGCACUGCAGAGUAUGAAUUACAAGAUCCUCAUGAGCACCUGCAAGCUAAGCACGAGUGGCAGCGCAAACCCAAUCCUAUUUGCCGCGAGGAAAUACGGCAGCAAACAGGCACGACUUUCACCAUUUUCGACCAAAUCCCUGGGUUCUACUCUUUACAAACUCGGCAUGCUUCGUAAACGAUAUCGCCAACAGCCUUCAAGCGAAAUCCCUGAGGCAAGAUUUGACGCGUUUAUGCGUUGUUGUUAUUUUCCUCACUUCUGUGGUCGUUUACCAACUAAACUUUCAAGGAUUGGUGGCCAUACCAAAGCUGAACAAUGGAAUACGCUCCUUGUUGUCCUUCCAGCCGCCCUUUUUGAGGCUUGGAGGGUUGGCAACUCAAUCCCGGAGAACGAAAUACCUCGCGGCGGCCAGAAUACAAGACAUUUCAAGCAGCAACAAGCAAAUGCUCGACGUCUCUUGCGCCGCCGCCGCCAUGUUCAUGAUAUGGAUCAGGGCGAGCUAGAUAAUGUCCCCGAACUUGGAGACUGCUUUCCCUCUCGUAAUCCAAGGGAUUACUUUGCCAACAUACUUCGCUAUUGUGUUGCACACGCCGUCGUGACUCAACAUUGGCUCUCAAGGCAGCAAAUUGACACCUUUACUCCGUUGUUCAAACUUAUUGCAACCACCUUUGCCAAAAUGAACAUUAACUUACCACCAAUUUUCCAUGCCGCUACCCACCUCCGCCCUUUCCUGCUUAAAUACGGUAGUGUGUAUGGGACACGUGUUCUGGCCUUUGAACGCGUGAAUCGCAUGCUUAUUAACGUCAAUACUAAUGGACAUGGACAGGGAGUCCUUGAGGCAACAAUGGCCAAGGGGUUUCUACGCCGGGCUGAGUGUUAUCGAUAUGCAAUGCGAAACGGUCCUGAGCAUGAGAUCCAGCGUGAGAUGCUUGAUGCCGUGCUUGCAGGGCAGGCACCAUUUCGUGGCCAAGAGCAUAUUCGACUUGCAACUGUAUCAGCCAAAAUCAGCUUUCACAAUGAUGCACACUCUUCAUACUACCCCCAUAUGAUAGAGUUCUGCAACAACCAUUACCCCUUCAACAACGCUCGUUUUUAUGGUCCUGGUGUGCGCCCUCCCAACGGCAUUUACAUCUCACCUACAAACUCAACUGUCAUGUAUUCCCAUUUUCAUCGAUACAGUGUUCGCUACGGCUCGGCACAUCACUCACGCGGGUACAACUCUCGCUUUGGAUUUAUCUAUGAUCGCAAACCUGUAAUCAUCAAGGGGAUCUACGCAACAACUGUAGCAGUUGGUGAUCAAGAUUUUACAUUUGUUGGUGCUAUGGUACGCCGCUUCAUCCUUCCUGUCCAGCAGCCUGUCUUUCCUUGGGAUCACUGGGACGAAUUGCUUCAGAUCCAGGCUUGGGAGUACAGGCAAUUUGCCCCAGUCGAGCCAGUACCACUCUCUGCAUUCACCGGCGUUUUUGCAAUGUCCAAUAUUCAAAUGUUGUACGGACGUUACACUCUCACAUUUGCUAUGAUCAAGACACACCCGGAAGACUUGGUCGAAGGUUACAACAACCAUGACCAGGGGGUGAGGACGAAGAUGAGGGAAAUAACGACGAGUUUGAUAAUAUGGAUGAGGACUAGCCUGUAA